UGUGUUCCGGCGGUCCGCGGCUCGGGCGGCCCCCGCUCCCUCGCAUCCUUCGUUCCGGGCUUCAGGCCGUUCGCCCCGCCCCUGGGCCGCCAGCACCGCCUCCCCGCCCGGCGCCAUGGCCGCUGCGGCCGGGGACGGCGCGGUGAAGCCGCUGCAGUGCGCUAUGAAGCUGGCCAACGGGGCCAUCGAGCUGGACACCGGCAAUCGGCCCCGGGAGGCAUAUGCAGAAUACCUGAGGAGCAUCCACUACAUCUCCCAGGUGCUGCUGGAAGAAGUGGAAACCACCCAAGACGCUGGGGAGCCCGUGCCCCCGGAUGCCCUGAAGAUGCUGAAGCUGGCAGAGCAGUGUCUGGAGAGAGCCCAGUCGACGGUGGCCAAGCUUGGGAAAGCCUGCCUGAAGCCAGCCAUGCCCGUGGCGGCUGCUGGCCCCUCGCCUACCAGCCGACACCGCCGGGUGUACUCAGACGAAGGGGGGAAGCUGCUCCCGUUCCUGCCGCCAGAGAUCUUCCAGAGGCUUCAGGUGGUGGAGUCGCAAAGCUCUAAGAAGGAGCUGACACCCCUGGAGGAGGCCUCCCUGCAGAACCAGAAGCUGAAGGCCGCCUAUGAAGCCCGGAUGGCCCGUCUGGACCCCAGCCAGGCCCUGCAGAAGACGUCGCUGACCCUGUCCCUGCAGCGGCAGAUGAUGGAGAACCUGGUGAUCGCCAAGGCCCGGGAGGAGACUCUGCAAAGGAAGAUGGAGGAGCGGCGGCUGCGGCUCCAGGAGGCCGCCAACAGGAGGUUCUGCAGUCAGGUCACCCUGACCCCCGAGGAGCGGGAGCAGCGGGCCCUCUACACCGCCAUCCUCGAGUACGAGCAAGAUCACGAAUGGCCAAAGCACUGGAAGGCCAAGCUCAAGAGGAGCCCUGGGGACCUGUCACUGGUGACCAGCCUGGUGUCCCACCUGCUCAGCGUUCCCGACCACCCCAUCGCGCAGCUCCUGAAGAAGCUCCAGUGUGCGGUGUACCGGGCACUGUACCACGUCGUGAGCAGGGGUGCCGCGGCCGCCCCAGCCCCCGGCGGCUGCUCCCUGCCCCCUGAUGCCGAGGGGCUGCUGGCUCCUGGGAGCCGGCGCCUCCGGCCCUCACAGAGUCUCUACUGCAUGCUGUCCCCCCCGGAGCCCAGCCCAGCCCCGCAUCCCCCUGCCGGCCCCCCCACCAGUCCCCCCACGCCCCCACUCCAGCCCGGGCCCCCCAACAGAGGGGCAGACAGCAGCCCUAAGGGGUCUCCCUCACCCCUGGUGCGCAAGGACAGCUCCUUUGAGGACCUGGAACAGUUCCUGGCCACUUCAGAGAGGGGGGGCCAGGGCCCUGGGCGGGGGACUGACCCUCAGGCCUCAGGGGUGAAGGAGGAGCCGCUGCUGGAGCCGCUGAAGAGCAUCGUGAAGGACGUUCACAACGCGGUCGACAGGCUGCUCUCGCUGACCCUCCUGGCUUUCGAAGGCCUCAACACAGCCGUCUCCAAGGACCGCUGCCUGGCCUGCAUCGAGGAGCCCUUCUUCUCCCCACUCUGGCCCCUGCUGCUGGCCCUCUACAGGAGCUGGGGCUGCUGGUCCUGGAGUGCUGUCCCCAGAAGAAGCUGGACUGCAUUGUGCGGGCCCUGCGGGUCAUCUGUGCCUGUGCUGAGGGCUACUACUGGGCCCAGGAGCCUGCACCUGAGGCGAGACCACAACCUGGCGCGGCCGCCAUUGGCGCCGACGACCUCCUGCCCAUCCUGUCCUUCGUGGUGCUGAGAAGCGGCCUCCCCCAGCUGGUGUCGGAGUGCGCUGCUCUGGAGGAGUUCAUCCAUGAGGGGUAGGGUCCGGGCUGGGAGCCGGGCAGGCACCGUACACAUGGCCCACGACCCCUCCCCCAGCCUCUCUCUGCCACCCCUCGCUCAGCACACCCCUCGAUUGGGGGUGGGGGACAGUGGGGCAAGCUCUGAGCAGCAUCCGCCUGGGGAGUGGGCUGCCCCCCCACCCAGCCUCCCUGACAGCCCCUGGUCCUGCCCCCUGAGGGCAGGUGCCCCUUCUAGAACUCCGGGGCCUCCUUCAGUGACAGACGCUGUCCCACAGGUAUCUGAUUGGAGAGGGGGGCUACUGCCUAACGUCCCUGCAGAGCGCCCUGAGCUAUGUGGAGCUGCUGCCCCGGGGGGCCCUGGGCAAGUAGAGGAGAUGGGACACCUCACCGGGCUCUGCAGCUUCCGCCCCAUCCUACCUUACAUCUGCCCGAGGAGCUGCUCCUGGCAGGACGGGGCCAAGCUGAGCCAGGCCCUUCUCUUCCCUGUUUCGGCCUCCGAGAGGCCCUCUCGCUCUCCCCAGAGAGCUGUGGGCUCCCCGGUUGGGCACAAGGGCAGAGCCAGGGCGUGGACCUUCUGCCCCUGUGACAGCUCCCUGAGCCAGUUCUUGUCUGAAUCAAGAAGAGAGCCUGUCAGCCCCUGCCCUGGAGGCCGGGGCCCAGUGGUUUGAAACUGCCUGCUUAUUUAUUGGACAUGACCACUCCUCUCCCCUGGAGGCCCAGGCGUCCCUGAGGGACCUGCCCAGGCCUGCCGACUCUGAGCCACACCCCCCCUCCCCAUGGCAGAGGGCAUCCAACACCCCCUGGCAAGUUCCUGCCCCUGCACAUCCCCUCUGGGUGGGUGGGAAGCUGAGGCCUGCUCUGACUCUCCGUGCCCCCAGCAGCCACUGACCUGCUGAAAAUAAAGAGUCACUGAUGUCUCCC